AGCGGUAUGCCAAAGGAAAAAUAUGAUCCUCCGGAUCCUCGCCGAUGUUACACCAUCAUGACAGCCGAGGAGGCGGCCAAUGGAAAGAAGUCUCAAUGGGCCGAGCUCGAGAUAUCUGGGCGAGUGCGAAGUUUGAGCAGCUCGUUGUGGACGCUGACGCACUUGACAGCGCUGCACAUCAACGACAACAAUCUGACACGCAUCCCCCCCGACAUCGCAAAACUGCCUCGUUUGGUCUACCUGAAUCUGUCGUCCAAUAAGCUCCGCAGCCUACCUGCUGAACUGGGCAACAUGGUCUCUCUCAGGGAACUGCUUUUAAACAACAACCUUUUACGUGUUCUGCCUUAUGAACUUGGGAAGCUUUUCCAGUUACAAACGCUGGGACUGAAAGGAAACCCUCUGUCACAAGACAUUCUCAACUUGUACCAAGAGCCCGACGGAACACGAAAGCUUUUAAACUACAUGCUCGACAAUCUAGCCGUGCAUCCGGAGCAACUCCCCCAAAGACCGUGGAUCACACUUCAAGAACGAGACCUUACGCUGCCCACAGCUGCCUUCACCGUCAUGUCCUACAAUGUGCUGUGCGACAAGUAUGCCACAAGACAGCUCUACGGCUACUGUCCUUCCUGGGCCUUAAGCUGGGAGUACCGCAAAAAGGGCAUCAUGGAAGAGAUCAACAGCUGCGAUGCUGACAUCGUCAGCCUGCAGGAGGUGGAGACUGAGCAGUACUACUCUUUCUUUCUGGAGACGCUAAAGUCGCGAGGUUACGACGGCUAUUUUUGUCCCAAAUCCCGUGCCAAGCUGGUGUCAGAGCAGGAGAGGAAGCAUGUAGAUGGCUGCGCGGUCUUCUUCAAAACUGACAAGUUUACUUUGGUCCAGAAACACACAGUGGAGUUCAACCAGGUGGCUAUGGCCAACUCUGAAGGCUCCGAGGUGAUGCUCAACAGGGUGAUGACCAAGGACAACAUCGGUGUGGCUGUGCUGCUGCAGGUCAACAAGGACUUGUUCUCUGGAGGCACAAAGACGGCUCCGGAGAAGCCACUUGUGCUGGUUGCCAACGCCCAUAUGCACUGGGACCCUGAAUACUCAGACGUAAAGCUGAUCCAGACAGUCAUGUUCCUUUCUGAGCUCAAGAGCAUCGCUGAAAAGGCGGCGGGCGAGUCAGAUGCGUCUCCUAUCCCUAUUGUGCUGUGUGCCGACCUCAACUCGCUGCCUGACUCUGGUGUGGUGGAGUACCUGAGCAACGGCGGCGUGGCCGACAACCACAAAGAUUUCAAGGAGCUGCGUUACCAUGAGUGCCUCAGCAACUUCAGCUGCAGCAACGGCGGCAACGGCAACAACACCAGCACCAGUGGAAGCGGCAACAACAGCAACAGCGGUGGUAGCGUUACGCAUAAUUUCCAGCUCAAGAGCGCAUACGACAGCCAUGUGAUGCCUUACACCAACUACACGUACGACUUCAAGGGUGUGAUCGAUUACAUCUUCUUCUCACGCAAGCAUAUGAGUGUUCUUGGCGUGCUGGGCCCGCUGGAUGCCAAUUGGUUGUCUGAAAACAACAUGACAGGCUGCCCGCACCCCCACGUGCCCUCGGACCAUUUCUCACUGCUGGCCCAGCUAGAACUACGACCUCCACCGCCCUCGUCUUCCGCUUCCACACCACCACUGCCACGUCAGCUCAAUGGCCUCCACCUGCCCCCCGUCCACAGGUAG